UGGAAACCAUUGGGACAUCAGAUCACACGAAUCGCAAUAAAAUUCAAAAUGAACGCGCUACUGAUAGCUGUCUUCGCCUUAGCUGCUCCACUUGCCUUUGGCUACGACGAAAAAUAUGACAAAUUAGACGUCGACAAGAUCCUGGGAGAUGAUGCACUUUUCACCGCAUACAUUAAUUGCAUGUUGGAUAAGGGACCCUGCUCUGUAGAGCAUUCUGCUGAUUUCAGACAAUUGCUGCCCGAAGUGAUAGCCACAGCUUGCGAGAAAUGCACUCCCAUACAGAGGCAAAAUGUCAGGAAGACAGUCAAGGCUCUCAGUGAGAAGAAACCUGAUGACUUCGUCCAAUUCCGAGCCAAAUUCGAUCCUAAAGGCGAAUACGAAAAGGCCUUCAGUGCUUUCGUCAUCGGUACCGACUAAAAGACAGAUUGGGAUGAAAACUUUUGUUACUGACUUUGGACUUAUGGCUGAUUUUUGAAUGGAACUGAUUUAGAAUAUGUGGAGCAUUACAAUAAAUAAAAAGCAAAUUA